AUUUCUGCUGGACGGCUGCCACUCAUCUGCUGCGUCUGUCUCUGAAGGGUGCAUCAAAAGACAUCCGACUUAAACGUCGGUAUCCUGCCCGGGGCAAAAAAACCACCUUGCAGGUGUUUUUUCCCUGCGGGACGAUCAGAGCCUCUAGAGUUUACAGUUUUGUGCAUCGCAAUAGGCUCUACAGCAGCAGUUUUGCAUUCCCUGCGUCGGCUCAGCCAACUUGCACCCUACUGACAGAUGAAGAAACACGUAAAGAUUAUGACUACAUGUUGGAUCAUCCAGAAGAGUAUUACAGGCAUUAUUACCACUACUACAGCAGGAGACUGUCACCUAAAGUGGAUGUCAGGAUAGUGAUCCUAGUUACAGUGUGUGCCAUCUCUGUGUUUCAGUUCUUCAGCUGGUGGAGUAGUUACAAUGAAGCAAUCAACUACCUGGCUACAGUGCCAAAAUACCGUAUACAAGCUACUGAGAUUGCCAGACACCAAGGUUUACUCAACAAGACUAAAGAAAAGGGCAAGAACAGGCGGUCUAAAGAAGAAAUUCGUGAGGAAGAGGAAGAAAUCAUCAAAGACAUUAUUAAAAAUAAAAUAGAUAUCAAAGGCGGUUAUCAAAAGCCCAAGAUAUAUGAUAUCCUUCUAUUUCAGCUCCUUCUUGCUCCUUUUUACUUGUGCAGAUACUUAGUGUGGUACUGUUGGUGGAUUUAUUGCUUCACUAUUAAAGGGCGAGAGUAUGGUGUGAAAGAGAAGCUGUAUAUCAUACGCAGGUACAUGAAAAUGUCUCGAUCACAGUUUGACAGCCUAGAAGAUCACCAAAAAGAGAUCUUUCUUGAGCGACAGCUGUGGAUAAGGGAAAACUAUGAGGUCUACAAACGAGAACAAGAGGAGGAGUUAAAGAAGAAGAUGGCCAUGGAUCCCCGAUGGAAGAGAUACCGGAGGUGGAUGAAAAAUGAGGGACCUGGAAGGCUGACUUUUAUUGAUGACUGAAAGUUGCUGAACAAAAUGUGUGCUAAUGUUAAAAGUGAUUUGCAAAACUUUUCAGUUCAUCAUUCAGAGUUUCAUCUGCUGUGGCUCAGUAGUGAUCUAAAACUCAGGAAUUAUUAAAUCAAGCUUAAAAAUAAUACAGGUUUACCAUUUUAAUAAAUCAGACAAUUAAAUAGGCUCAGCUCAAUGUAUAUAUGCCAUUUAUUUGGGGAUAUCAGUGUGGAAUUCAUUAUUCCAAACAAUGUAUUUUCUCUACAUGUUUCAUAUUGAUGAUCAGUGCAA